GACGACCACCCGAAACGACAGAAAGUGCUGGAGAGGAAUCGCAUGGCGGCCAGUAAGUGCCGCAAGAAGAAAAAGGAGUGGGUUUCGGAAUUACAAGAGACGAAGACGGGGCUCGAGAACCAGCACUUGCAGCUUCAGCGGGAGUACAACGGGCUGCUGGACGAGGUCAGCCGCAUGAAGAACGAGCUCAUCUCCCACGCGCACUGUAACGAUCCCAACAUCGACCAGUGGCUGGAUAACGAGGCGAAGCGGUUCGUCCAGAAG